UGCCAUCCCACCUUCCAUUCUCUCUCCAAAACCUCACAUUCUCUCUCUCUCUCUCUCUCUCUCUCUCCAACCCUCCUUCCAUAAAUUUAAAAACCCAAACACACACCUCAAAACCCUACCCAAUUAACAACACAGCUAAUUUCAACAAGAAUGGCAGAGAGAGUCUUUCCCUCCACCAAGCCCACCACCAACGGCACCACCGCCCCCGCCGCCGCCGCACCUGGCGGCGGCAACUCAGCAUUCCCGGCCACCAAAGCCCAGAUGUACAACGCUACCCGCCCAGCCUACCGCCCUCCACCUCGCAAACGCAGCCGCCGGAGCUCCUGCUGCUCCUGCUGCCUCUGGACCACCAUCGCCGUCGUCAUCAUCGUCUUCCUCGCCGCCGUCGCCGCCGCUAUCUUCUACGUCCUCUACCGCCCCCAACGCCCUACCUUCUCCCUUUCCUCUUUCCAAAUCUCCCAAUUCAAUCUCACUUCAUCGUCACAACUCACCUCCAAGUUCAAUCUCACAAUCGAAGCUCGAAACCCUAACAAAAAACUCGUAUUCUUCUACGAACCGAUCUCCGUUUCAGUCUUCGCCGACGGAGUCGAUGUCGGCGAUGGUUCGAUUCCGGCAUUCGAGCAGUCCACGAAGAACACAACGGCGUUGACAACGAUUAUCGGAUUCACAGGUCAGACCAUGGAUAGUACUGCGAUUAGUGUAGUGAACUCGGAUCUGAAGAACAAGAACAGUUUGCCAUUGAAGAUUCAGAUAGACACGAAGAUCCAAGCGAAGAUUGGGAAGAUGAAGACGAAGAAGAUUGGAAUUAGGAUUGUUUGCGACGGCAUUAAAGCCACCGUGCCCACCGGAAAGACGGCGACCACGGCGGCGACGGCGAGUGCCAAGUGCACGGUUGAUCUCCGGAUCAAGAUCUGGAAAUGGACCUUUUGAAGAUCGAGAAGGGAAAUUAUUUGUGAUUGUAUUAGGAUAUUGUGAUAAUUGGUAGGUGUUUUGGAAAGUCAAUAUAGUUGUGGAAUAUAUCACUACGUUACUCUGUUUGGUUUGUAAGAAAACGAAGGAAAAAAAAUGAAAAUUACUGGUUUCAGUUGCAUGGAUUCA